AAGAGGUGAUUAUCGACGGUGUAAAAACCGCCGAUAUGACCCGGGAACAAUUAGAAGCAUUUGCACUACGCUUGAAAGAAGAAACCGAUCGAGAACGUGAAGAACGUAACUACUUUCAAUUAGAACGUGACAAGUUACGAACAUAUUGGGAAUUAACAAAAGAUCAGCUCGAUGAAGCUCGUGCUCAAUUACGUAAUAUGGACCGGGAGAUGGAAGAGGGUCGUGAACGAAAUGCUGAUGAAAUAAAAUUAUUUAAGCAACAAAUUAAGCAUUUAAGCUACGAACAGCAAAAUAAUAUUGCUGAACUCCGUGCAGCUGAAAUGGUUAAUUUGAAAUUAGCUCAAGAUGAUCAUUAUGCUCAGGAAAAUCAACUUCAACAGGAUAAAACUGAUCUCAAAAAUAAGUUAAUUGAGCAACAAUUAACAUUUGAAGAAAACUUAAAUAUUCAAAAGUUGAACCAUGCCAAAGAACUUAGCAGCGUACGAGGUGAAUUUGAGCUUUAUGCUAAAGAAUUAGAGCUAAAAUAUGAUAAGAAAUUUGGUGAGCUUCGAUAUGACUUGGGAUUGAAGCAUCGUAUGGAAAUGGCUGAAGUGGAAGAACGUAAAAGUCGACAAAUAACUGAGCUAAUGGAGAAUCACGAACGUGAUUUUAGCGAACUAAAAAAUUACUACAAUGACAUAACCUUAAAUAAUCUCGCAUUAAUAGCUAGUUUAAAGGAGCAAAUCGACGUUCAGGUUGAUCAAUUAUCUCGAAUUAAUAAACAAUUAGCUGAUACAAAUGCUGAAAAUAAAAAAUUAGUGGGGCCAUUACGUCAAGCUGAACAUGAAGCGCGUGACUUAAGACAUAAAAUGCAAAAUUAUGAGAAAGAUAAACAAUCGUUGAAAAAUACAAAAAUUUUGUUAGCUCAAAUACAAAAACAGCAUGAAGACUUGAAAUGGGAGUACGAAACAUUGGAUCUACGUUUUCAACAGCUGAAAGAAGAACGUGAUACAUUAAAAAAUAAAUUUAUUACAGCCAUUUUGGAUUUACAACAGAAAACUGGGCUGAAAAAUGCACUGCUGCAAAAACGUUUAGAGCAUUUAGUGGAUAGUUUAGAAGUACGCGAUGCAAUGCUUGUAGAUAUUACGAAAACUUGUAAUUUACCUCCGACAGAAGUGAACAAUCGUGUUGAACAAAUGUUAAAGGACAAAAAUAAUCUAAUACAAGAUUUGCAAUAUGAAUUAGCACGAGUUUGUAAAAUGCAUGAUGAUUUAUUGCGUACGUAUGAAGCGAAAUUACAACAAUUUGGAAUAGCAAAAGAAGAACUUGGUUUUACGCCACUGAGAGCCAGCAAAACAGCACCAGCAAAUGUUGAGAAUUUAGGCCAAGGACCAGCUGGACUUGUAUGUCAAAAUAUAAAAUAA